CUUCUGCCCGGGUAGGCAUGCUGUGCAGAUUUUUGUGGGCAUGGACUGCUUUUACAGUCAGCUUCGUUUCACCAACACCUCCGUUAUCGGCUCCCUCUCUAGAAGAAUUUGUGGACUCACUGAGCCCCACCGCCCAAAUUUAUUAUCCUGGGUCAGAAGGAUAUGCUAAUGCAACGUUACGGUGGGGCGCUGGACAGACCCCACAAUACGACAUAAUUGUCAAAGUCGUAACCGAGGCAGAUGUGCAAGAGACGAUACUGUACGCCAAUGCGAACAACAAAUCCUUCCAUACUAUUUCCGGGGGCCAUGCGAUUACGGCGUACCUCAAUAAUAUUGAGCAUGCUGUCGGCAUCUUGAUGCGUGGUAUGAAUGAUAUAUCCAUUACGGAAAGUAGUAACACUGCUCUCGUCGGAGGUGGCAUCCUCAACGGAGAUGUCCUUGACUACUUAUGGGCUCACGGGAAGCAAACCAUGACCACGGCGUGCGCCUGUGUUGGUUACAUCUCUCCUAUUCUCGGUGGCGGACACGGUUGGAACCAAGGCCGAUAUGGUCUCGCGGCCGAUCAGCUCGUCUCUGCGCGUAUGGUACUCGCCAAUGGCACUGCCAUCACCGCUGAGAUCAAAAUCUACGACCGGAAUCCAGGUCUUGAAAAUUGGACCGUCGAUGUAUUAUCCUUCACUCACGAUAAAAUGGAAAGUGUCGUGGGUAUCGUGAACACCUGGUUAGAAAGUCCCAACAGACCAGUCGAACUAGAUCACUACAUAAUGUUCUACUUCGACCCAAAAAUCGACACAACUAAUCCUGUCGUCGUCGUCUUCGUGAUCUACCAAGGCACCACCAUCCCAACCCAAUACACUGAACCCUUAUACGCCCUGUCCCCCACCACUAGCACAUCUGGUCAACCCGAUCUGGCAGGUGUAAGUCGCUUCACAGGUGCUGACCGCAAUGGUGCAUCCUGCGAAAAAGGACUUACCCGCUCCGUCGUCCCCGUCUCAGCAAUCACUUAUGACCCGGCUUCUCUCCGUCAAGUACUCACCAUAAUGGCCUCCCUCUCGCCCUCGCUCAACCAAACCGUUGUCCUCCUGGAAGGCUACGCUACAAACCGCGUGGAUGCUAUACCAAGUGAUAGCACCGCGUACCCCGACCGCGAGGGCCAGUUGCUGCUUUCACCGUUUAUGACCUAUGAGCGAAAUGAGAAUUUGGAUGCUGAGGCGUGGGAGGUGGCAGGGAGGAUCCGGGAUGUGAUGACUGAAGGGACGGGGGAGGCGAGGGGGGCGUAUGUUAAUUAUGCAAGGGGUGAUGAGACGCCUGAGGAGUGGAGGCUGGAGAGGUUGAGGAGGUUGAAGAAAGAGUAUGAUCCAUUUGGGAGGUUUAACUUUUUUGCGCCGAUUGUCUGAUGCGAGGAUGGGAGGGCGAGAAGAGGCGCUUGAAGGUAGUUCGUGUAUUUGCGGACUGUGAAUGGAAGUACUUGGAUGAGUUUAAGAAUCAAACUUGACUCAA